CUUUGAAUGGCAUUUCUCCAGGCGGUCGCAGGAGAUCAGCUACCAAGCCACAGCCUUUGACUGAAGACUGGAAACAAGGUAGUGACCAGCUACAGCCUUCAAGGGGCAUACGACGUUUCUAUGGCCGUAUGACUAGCAGCACAAUGCCUAGAAUUGUCCUCCAAAUGACGCCGCAGCCGCAUGCCAUAUAUUGCCAGCAAUGACUCAAUGCGUUCUUGUGUCCAUACAUUCCUGUCGCUGAACUUGGACCAUUAGAAGAUCGAUCCCGGCCCUUGUUACCACCAAGUUUGCCAGCGUCCACAAGCGUAUUCAAGAUGGCAGCCAUGGCAAUUUGUAUUGCAAGACUCGGCCGCUUGAAAAACGAGCUUGACCUGACCAGGAUGAGCUUACAAUCAUAUAUUUAGGGAUUCUCCGAGGUACAGAAAGCGCUCCUGAACCCUGAGCUGAUGUAUAAAGAUGAGAGCCUUGGCGUGUCAGGCACUGGCCAUGUAUGAGCUUAUUGAAUGCCCGGCAGAAAGAGAAUAUAACUAUAUAAGUCACCACAAGGGAUAUGCAAGAAUCAUUCAAGUGCGGGGUCCAAAAGCUCAUACUUCAGGCUCGGGCCACCAGAUCUUCCUUAUUCAACUUAUCUAUCGGAUAAAGUUUCGACAGAGGCGCUGUGGCAAGAUAUAUCAAAGAGACCGUUACACUUGUUAUUCAACCAUAUCGCACGGGCACCCGACAUAUUCAACCAGAUACAUAGGGUGCAAGGUCUGCAACCCAAACAGGUAUUGCCGGGAGCAUUAUCAACCAACAAACUGGAAAGUAGUACCCCGAGUCCCAUGUACUGGCCACAGUUCUCGAGAGAUGACAACGCGCUUGACAACCAGUAAAUGAGCAAGAUCUUCUCUAUUGCAUUCUACUUUCCCGACUUGAGAAUAGCAAGUAUUCUCAUGCUAUACUGGGCAACCUUAACGAUGCUCUGGUCAGGAAUGUCACAACUAUACGACCCCAUAUAUAUCAUGGUAGCCAAUGAAAAUACAAGGGACAGUAGAUACGACAGCUCGUCCCACUGCAAUAUCAGCCAG